UUUAUCUGCUUAAGGCAGAAAGGGGCGUCCUCCCAGCUCUGCUCGGCACCCCCCCUUUCCAGGCCCAGGGUCUGCAGUCCCGUCCCCCCUCCCCCCGUCCCCCCUCAAGCGCUGGGGCCGCCCGGGCCUCCGCCCGCAGCUGUUUGCUUUGGAGCCUUGUCAGGAAGGGGCCAGGGAGGGCCCAGUGCGCCCAGCAGGCGAGGCCCCCCCCCCCCCCGCUCCCCCCUCCUGUCCCGGCCUUUCUCCAGCCAAUGGCUCCAGCCGGCAGCGGCCUUGGGCCCAAGACCCACAGACACACUUGGCCGCUUCACAGAGGCCGGUUGGCCAAUCGCGCCGCGGCCUGCCCAGUGCCGGACACGCCAGUGCAGCCAUGGCCACGGCCAACAGCAGCAACGCCUCGGCACCCUCCUUCGGCUACGAGUACUACCUGGACUACCUGGACCUGCUCCCCGUGGACGAGAGGCAGCUGAGAGCCCACAAGUACUCGGUGGUGAUCGCCUUCUGGGCAAGCUUGGCCGCCUUCGUGGUUCUCCUCUUCCUCGUCCUGCUCUCCAUGUCCCGCCGGGCUCCCGCGGCCAGGAGCAGCGCCCCGCGCCACCCUGCGUGCCCCUGCGGCCUCCACGUCAGCCUCCCCUUCUGCAUCCGGAGGCACCCGCUGCUCCACAGGGCCUCCCAGGGGACCCCGACGGCCCCACCCAGCUCAGCCAGCGAGCCAGGCAGCAGGGCAUCCGGGCCCUCCGCCUCGCCCCUCACCGCCCCCCAGGCCCACCCUGCUCUCCUGUGGGAACGGGCCCUGGACGGGGACCCCCACGGCAUCAGCUGAUGUCGGGCACAGCCCAGCUGGCCUCCCACUGGAGACGGUUCUGCACCAGCGAACAGCGGCCACUCCGAGGGGCUCAAACCUGGACACGUGCCUCCUGAAAGCAGCAGCAGCACAGCUGCCAAGAACCACCACCAGGAGGCACAGCCGUGGGUGUGUGAACCCGCACUGGUCCCAGCAGCACCAGCCCCCUGGCCUGGCCGGGGAGCAGCCCCAACGGGGCAGAGCUUCAGUGCCCAGCUGCUUACUCACUCCCAUGCUCACUUCGGAAGCGUAGAAAAAGAAUAAACACAAAUAAAGAUUUAAUAG